GGUUCCUCACUGGAGACAGUUUGGAUAAUGUCAUCUGUAUCUAUAGAUUUAAAAGAGGACAGAAGGGGAGGAUUCAAAAAGAUUUGAUUUUGUUUAGGUGGGGAGGGAGAAGAGGACAGGAGGCAUCAUCAGCCCACCAUGGCAUAUUGAUAUCUUCAUGUUCUAGCAAAGCUGUCUUGGAAUAUCUUGUCUAUAUGCUUUCUUAAGCAUAUGUGGAUUUAUUAGAUUUGUCUAUAUAUCUUUGCUUAAUUUUGUUUUUUAUCUUCUCUUCCUACCUUACUUCCUCCUUCGUAGAAAACUAUUCCUAUAUGAAAGGUUAAGCCUUGAGUUUCUCCAUCUUUUCCUUGCCUCCUCCUUAACAGCCUGUCAAGCUUGCAUUUUCCUUAUUAUUUUCUUUUUUUUUUUGGUGCUCCCCUUGUUUCUUUCUUUCUAAGCAAAAGCUGCUUUCUUAUUUGUGGAGAAGAAGGAAUCUAUCGUUCUUGCUUUGGUUCUUUCGUUUGGAUUUAGGAUAAUGGAACAUUGAUGAGAAGAGUGAGGAGAAAAGAAAAUGGUUGUUGAGCAGAAGAAACGGAGCUCACAGGCAUGGGUUUAAAAUUGAAGAAGGCUUGCAAUCUCCUCAAUACAUUGCUGAAGCAUAACCAUGAAGUGUUUGCUGUAACUCUCAAUUCACAAGCUAUUCAGAACAAGUUGAACUGCAAAUUGAAUAGCAAACAAAUCUGCUCUGAUUUCAGUAACAUUCACAAAUCAAUGGAUAGAUUUUCGGAAAGAUGCAACAGAGAAUCCAUUAAGAACAUAAUGCUGAAGCAAGAAGAGAUCUUCAAACAGCAGGUCCGCGAGCUCCAUCGAUUAUAUAAGAUUCAAAAAACGCUAAUGACUCGGCAGAGGUGUGAAAAGGUGAAGAUGAACUCAUCUGUGGUAACUUCCAACCCCCAAAUUGUAACAGACGCCAUGAACAAACUCAAGAGCAGUAGAACUUCCUCAGAAACUACCCAUUCUUCUCAUGUCAGUGUCAGAAAUAACUCUAAUGCUGUUCUAAAUUCUGAACACACCUUAGUACAUCAAUCUGCUGCAAUGGCAGCCGGCCAUACCUCCCGGGACCUCAUCAACUUCUCAGAACCUUUGAGAACAUCAAAGGAGUAUCUUCUUCAAAAUCCAGUUGAAGGAGAAAGCCCGGAAUCAUGCUCAAAUGAAGAAUGCAAUCUUGAUCUAACAUUAAGCAUUGGUUGUGCAUCAGAUAAGAUGAAAAGUGCAGAUUGGAAGGAAAUGACAACGAGAUCAACACAGUUGCUCGCUUCUAAUUUGAAUAGGGAAGCGAGCGAGCAGGAAUUCACAAAUUCUUCAAAUGGAUUUGGUGCAGAGAGCUUGAAGAGGCCUCGUUGGCUCUUCCAAGCAUUGAGUUUGAACAGAACGUGAAUAAUGCUUCAACUCUUUCACAGCUUAUGUGGAUUUGCCUUAGAAGGGGCAGUUCUUACAGCACUUACUAGCUGUUAUUGUGGCAUGAACUAUACAAGAUUGAAAUGAUAUGCUAUCUGCAUUUUGGUAGCCAAAUAUCAUUGUAAGACUAUUCUGCGAGAGGCUCUUCAUUGAUUCAGUAAGAGAUUGGUUUGUCAUUGAGGGGAUUUGUCGACACCAGCCUUUUUUUUUUCUUUCUUUCUUCUUCUUUAUGUAGGCUUCCCAGUACAGCAAAAUCAGCAGCAACUGCGAAUCAGUAUUAAUAAAGGAGGACUUCACUCAUUUUCUAA